UGUGUGUGUGGGGGGGGGGGGGGGGGGGGGGGGGUGGGAGAGAGAGGGGAGAGAGGCCACACUCGCGACCGCUGGGACUCGGUGGCGAUGCGGCGUCUCCUGAUCCUCGUGUUGUUGGUGGCGGCGGCGGCCGCUGACUGUGACAGCCCCCCGCACCUGGAGAACGGUUCCCCCGUCGGCGAGUUCCUGCCCUCAGCGACGUUCCCCGUGGGCACCAAGGUGUUCUACACCUGCCUCGCAGGGCACGUCCUGCAGGAGGGCAGCUCCGGCUUCGUCAGCUGCGAAGAAAAUGAAACCUGGUCCUCACUUGAAGCCACUUGUGCACGAAUCGAGUGUGAUGGUCUAGGCGAGAUUGAGAAUGGAUUCUUUGAGGCACCAUCUACUACUUUUGGAAGUAUAGCAGUUUAUCAUUGUGAUGAAGGAUACAAGAUGAUCGGCAGAGGUUUGCGUUUGUGCGGUCCCAGGGGGUGGACGGGUCAGGUCCCAACCUGCCGAGUGUCCACUGUAUCCAGAAUUAUCAAUGAGGUGAUGAGGCAGGGCCACCAGCUGAUCACCAAGGAGGAGAGCGUGAUCAAGUCGUACUACCACCUCCUGGAGAACGAACGAGAGGUCCUGAGAAUGAAGGAGAAGGUUCUCGAAAACUUAGAGAAGUACGCCAAUGAAAAUCUCCUCUAAAGCUUUCUGAUUUGUCAUAAUUAUACCUUGAAAUGGAAUCAUCAGGUUGCAUUGUAGAUGUGUCUGUCCAAACCUGAAGAAUUGUCACCUUGUUGAAAUCAAUUGCAUGCCUAUUUGUGUAAUCUGAGUCUCUCUUGUAGGAUCCAAUAAAAUUAUCUUGAGUUUGGC